AUGCCAAUCUAUAAUUUUGUACAAUGAUUUUAUGUUUUUUUUGUGAACAAACAUUUUUAUCCAUGGAUACCUUAAUGUUACAUAUAAAAGUGAGACACAAGUUGCUUAUUUAUUCUACAGUUAAGUGUAAUUUCAAAGAUUGCACACAUAUAUUUAAUAACAUUUAUAAUUUACGGAAACAUGUUUUAAAUACACAUAUUACAACAUCUUUACAGAAUGCUUUUGUAAAACAAAAUGAAACAUUAGUCUCUCAAAAUAUACUAAAAUGUAAUGUCAAAGAUACCCUUCAGUUUUUUCAUAAUACAAAUUUAUUGUCAGAUGCGAUUGAUAAUACAGGUGAAAUUAAUAUUGAACAUUUUAAAAAAAUAGUUUCCGAAUAUUGUGUUCGUUUUGUAACAAAAUUGUAUGCUAGUGGAAAUUUAAAUCGAAAAGUUAUUCAUGAAAUUAUAACAGAUAUAGGUAUAAAUUAUUUUUCUGUGUGUUGUGAUAUUUUAUCUAUAAAAUUUAAAGAUGUUACAGAUUUGGAUAUUUUUUUCAAUAUUAUAAAGAGUGGCUUUGAACCUUUCAAAUCAGAAUAUAAAACAUUACAGUAUUUACAAGAAAAAAAUUGCUUGUUUUUACCAAAAUUAAUACCUAUAAAUUCUAUUUUGUCAUUUAGUAAAGUUAAGAAAAGAUCAUAUCAAUCGCAUCUACAACAUCAGAAAUUAAGCAUAAUACCUUUGAAGGUCAUAUUACAAAAAUUUUUAGAGCUUCCAAAUGUAUAUCAAAAAAUAAUAUCAUAUAUUGAGAAGAGCAAAAAAAGUGAAUCGUUAAAUUCUAUUUUCCAAACUGAUUUUUGGAAAUCUGUUGAAAAGAAUGCAGGUGAUAAAUUUAUCUUGCCCCUUGUGCUAUAUUUUGAUGACUUAGAAAUUAACAAUCCCUUGGGUUCUUGUAAAAAUAAAAGUAAGAUUGGUGCAGUUUAUUGUGCUAUUGACAGUUUACCAAAUAAGUUCUCCAGUUUAUUAGAAAAUAUAUUUUUAAUGCAAUUGCAUAAUUAUAUGGAUCAUAAAGCUUUAGGAAAUAAAAAAAUUUUUGCUCAUGUUAUUAACCAAAUUAAUGAACUUAAUACUAAUGGAAUUUCUAUUAAUGUAGAAGGAAAAACAAUACAAGUUUACUUUAUUCUGUCUCGUAUACUAGGUGAUAACUUGGGACUUAAUACAAUUCUGGGCUUCACCAAAAGUUUCAAUUCGUCUCAUUGCUGCCGUAUAUGUUACAUUUCUAAAGAUGAAAUGCAUAAUACCACGAUUGAAAACAAUAAUUUAUUAAGAAAUGUUGAAAACUAUAAAGAGCAUUCUAUCGAGAAAACUCAUGGGAUUGUAGAAUACUGUAUUUUCAAUAAUAUUAUAAAUUUCCACGUAACUAAAAAUAUAUCAAUAGAUCCUAUGCAUGACUUGCUGGAGGGUGUUUGUAGAUAUGACAUUGCUAAAAUUUUAUAUGACCUUAUAUGUAAGAAGAAAGCAUUUUCUGUAGAGAUACUUAAUGAAAGAAUUAAGAAUUUUUGUCAUUCAUUUGAUAAAAAUAUCCCUAUUAUAAAAUUAGAAUCUAUAACAAAUAAAAUAAUCAUUUUAUCUGCGUCAGAAAUGCAUUAUUUAGUUUUAAAUCUUGGUCUGUUUAUAGGCGAUUUAGUUCCUACUAACAGCUCAGUUUGGAAACUUUAUGUGAUGUUACGUAAAAUAGUCAAUAUUUCUAUGAUAGAAUCUGUUACUAAUGAUAUUAUAGAUUCAUUUGCAAUAUUAAUAUCUCAAUAUUUAGAAUUAUAUUUAAAGAUUUUUAAAUGUUCUUUCAAAGUAAAACACCAUUAUUUAACACAUUAUGAAAGAAUUAUGCGUGAAUUUGGGCCUUUAAAGAAUUUUUCCACAAUGCGAUUUGAAGCCAAGCAUAAACAAAUUAAGGAGUAUAGUAAAGUUAUGACUUCUAGAAAAUGCCCUGCAUAUUCUCUAUCGUUAAAACAUCAAAUGCAACUUUGUCACAGAUUUAUUUGUAACGAAGGUUUUUUAAAACGAGUUUCCUAUGGCUCAUGUAUUUCAAAAUUACAUUUCGUAAGCGAUUAUAAUAAUGUAAAAUGUUUGUUACCAGUAGAUUUUGACGAUUGCUAUUGUGUUUCAUGGGUAAGAUUAUAUGGAACUCGUUAUGAAAUUGACAAUUUUAUAAAUAUACAAACAUACAAUUCUCCAGUUUUUGGAAAAAUUAAGUACAUUAUAUUUGAUAAAACUAAAAAUGUAUUUUUUUUAUAUUAUAAGUUUAUUAAUAUAUGUUACUAUGAAAACUAUGGAGCAUUUAAUGUAAAAGAAAAUAAGGAAUGGGGGUUUAUAGCUCAAAAUAACCUUAUAGAUUAUAAAGUUUAUAAUGUUCACAUUAUGUCAGAUAACAAACAUUAUAUUCCUUCUUUUUUAUAACUAUGAUUUAUUAAAAGCACAUAGAGGAUUAAAAUUUUGUGCAUUCUACAAAUUUUUUUAUUUUGUCACUUACAGUGUCUUUUUUUUAUUUGUCUAUUUUUUGUAUUUCUGUAAUAGACAUUACAAGUAUAAACUUUUUAGAUACGAUAUAAUGUACUUUCCUUUUCUUUUUUGUAAUUCUUUUAUAUUUUUUAAUAUUGUGUGUAUGUUCACGAUUGCGAUACUAUGUUUGUUUAGUUGUCUAUAAAAAUUUAAGAAGAAUUAGUCUUUAUAUAUAACACGUAUUUGGGUAUAUAUUUGGUUAUACGAAUUUUGUAAUUUGUAUAAGUAUUUACAUU